GAUUAGUUGCAUUCACUGCUCAUUUAUUUCCCUUUCUCUGAUGUGUGUGGGUUUUUUUCGACCUUAUGUUUGAUCUUUGUACAGGUAGCUUUUUCGUGCAGGAUGUUGUUUUCUGUUUCUAUGUGGUACAGCAUUAUAAAUCGCAACGCAGAAAGCGAACGGUGAUUCUAAAAUGGCUGCAGCACUUCAAGCACAAAUAAAAACUUCUGAAAAGUACAACCGAGAGCUAUUCGAACAAUGGCACAUUGCCGACCCUGAGGCGGUUUCACUGACGAAAGCCGCAACCGAAUACAUCAACUUCGGGCGGGAAGUCUCUGAGGAAAUGAGCCCAGUGUAUCUAUUGAUCGCCAUGCUGCCUUGCGAAAAGCUGUGGGGAUGGCUGGCCAACGAGAUCCGGUCUCGGAUUGACGCCACAAAUAUUUACAGCUUCUGGAUUGAGGAGCACCUUAUUAGCGUCUCCACGCUCACAAAUUUCAUUGACGACAAUGCUGAGAGAUACGACGUAGAUCUGGACACGGCCGUGUAUGUCUAUCAAAAGGCUUUGUCUUUGGAGGUGAAUUUUUUUCAGUCGGCAACCCAGGGUACUAGUUAGAUAUUCUGUGAAAAUAUCUGAACAGUUCUGUUGCAAUGUUCUUGAGAAAUUUUGGUGUAUAAGAUGAAUGAUCCUUUUUCGGAUUUGCCGCCAUUGCUUACGGAAUCAGUCCAAACUGGGCAUGUGCGCCAAAUAUGAGAUAACGGUAUGUAUAAUA